UCUGCCCCGCUCUGCUCAGUCGGACCGCGGGUGCGCCCCCCGUGCCCGGCGCCCGCUCCCGGUCGUGGCGAUGAGGACCGUGCUCGCGGUGGCGCUGUGGGCCGCGCUGUGCGUCCCCGCGGCCCGCGCGCAGUGGCUGGACGCCCUGGGCCGCCUGGCGCGCCUGGCCCUGCCCCGCACCCUGCCGCUGCCCCCCGGCACGCCCCCCGACACGGAACACAUCCUCAAGGAGUACGACUUCGUGGUGGUCGGCGCCGGCUCCGGGGGCUCGGUCGUGGCCAACCGCCUGUCCGAGGUGCCCGGCUGGACAGUGCUCCUCCUGGAAGCGGGCAAGGACGAGAGCUACCUGUCGGACAUCCCCGUGCUGGUGAGCUACCUGCUGUCCACGGACUACAACUGGGGCUACCGGACGGAGCCGCAGGAGGGCGCCUGCCUCGCCAUGGUGGGCGGGCGCUGCCCGUGGCCGCGCGGCAAGGCGCUGGGCGGCACGAGCGUCAUCAACUACAUGCUGUACACCAAGGGCAGCGCCGAGGACUACGACGACUGGGCCGCCAAGGGUAACUACGGCUGGGCCUACCGGGACGUGCUCCCCUACUUCCUCAAGUCCGAGGACAACCAGGUCCCCGAGAUGGCCGGGUCGCGCUUCCACGCCCGCGGAGGGCACCUCACCGUCCAGCGGCCCAACUGGCGGUCGCCGCUGGUCGACGCCUUCCUCGAGGCCGGCAGCGAGCUAGGCCACCACGUCAACGUGGACCUGGACGAUCCGAACACGCCCCUGGGCUUCUCGCGCGUCCUCGCCAACACCAGGGACGGGUCUCGGUGCAGUGCUGCCAAGGUGAGUACUGUAGUCUGA